UGAUUCUUCAUUCUUGUUUUGAUGACAGCAGAUGACAGUCAACAAUGUACAUAUUAAUUUAAAUUAAAAACAAAAAAUCAUCACACACUUAUUUAUUAACGAAAAAAUAUCAUUAAAUAUUUAACACAAUCAUGGCUGAUAGAUUAACUCAACUUCAAGAUACAAUAAAUCAGCAAGCUGAACAUUUUUGCAACAGCGUUGGAGUAUUACAACAAUGUUCAACACCAAGUAAAUUUCCAGGAUUUGAUCGUAUUAGUACACCUCAACCACAUCAAAGUCAAGAAGAUUUUGCUGCUUUAUUUGCAACUCUAAUAACAAGAUGUGCAAAAGAUAUUGAUACAUUAAUUGAAAGUUUACCAUCUGAAGAAUCAUCACAAGAAUUACAAGUUGCAAGUCUCAGUCGUUUAGAACAAAAAAAUAUUGAAGCUGGUGAACAACUUGAAGAAGUUGUACGUCAAGGUGAAGCAUUACUUCAACAAAUACAAGCUGCACUUCAAGAUAUUGCACAAAGUCAACUUGACAUGCAAAAUCCAAUUUCAACUGGUCCAAUAUUAACAGCUAAUUUAAAUCCAAUACAAAAUAUUAAACAAGAAACAUUUAGUAAUAUUGGUCCAGCUUCAGUUAAUAAUUUACACUCUGAUCCAUCACCAAAUCCAGCCAUCCAAUAAAUUAACUAACUCAAAAAUCUUCAUUGUAAAUAGAUUUUUUUUUUUUUUCUCCAUCAAAAACAAGAAAAUAAAAUUCAUUAAAUAA